AGAAGGCCAUAGAAACUGGCGGCUAGAGGUGCCCAGACUUACCCUCCAGGCUCCUACUUCCUCCGGAAGUGUCUUCCAGCAGCCAGUGCCCUUUCUCUGUUGUACGCGCGGGCUUCCGAUACCCAGUACCCGGGGCUCGAAUACGACCACGAUGGCGGCCGCCACCCUGCUGCGUGCGACGCCCCGCCUCAGCGGUCUCAGUGCCGGUCCGAUCCCACUACUACAGGGUUUGUUGCGGCCGCUGAAGUCCUCGGCGUUACCUGUCUUGACCCGCGGUCUGGCGGUGGAGGCCAAGAAGACUUACGUGCGCGACAAGCCCCAUGUGAAUGUGGGUACCAUCGGCCAUGUGGACCAUGGCAAGACUACACUGACUGCGGCCAUCACGAAGAUUCUAGCAGAGGGAGGUGGGGCCAAGUUCAAGAAAUAUGAGGAGAUUGACAAUGCCCCUGAGGAGCGAGCUCGGGGUAUUACCAUCAAUGCAGCCCACGUGGAAUACAGCACUGCCACCCGCCACUACGCUCACACAGACUGCCCUGGUCAUGCAGAUUACGUUAAGAAUAUGAUCACAGGCACUGCUCCCCUCGAUGGCUGCAUCCUGGUGGUGGCAGCCAAUGAUGGCCCCAUGCCCCAGACUCGAGAGCACUUAUUACUGGCCAAACAGAUUGGGGUAGAGCAUGUCGUGGUGUAUGUGAACAAGGCAGAUGCAGUGCAGGACUCUGAGGUGGUGGAGCUAGUUGAGCUGGAGAUCCGUGAACUGCUCAAUGAGUUUGGCUACAAAGGAGAUGAGACCCCGGUCAUCGUAGGCUCUGCUCUCUGUGCCCUUGAGCAGCGUGACCCUGAGCUGGGCCUGAAGUCUGUGCAGAAGCUUCUGGAAGCUGUGGACACUUAUAUCCCAGUGCCUACCCGGGACCUGGAUAAGCCUUUCCUCUUGCCUAUUGAGUCUGUUUACUCCAUCCCUGGCCGAGGCACGGUGGUGACAGGUACACUAGAGCGUGGCAUUAUAAAGAAGGGAGACGAGUGUGAGUUGCUUGGACAUAGCAAGAACAUUCGCACUGUGGUGACAGGCAUUGAGAUGUUCCACAAGAGCUUGGAGAGGGCAGAGGCAGGGGAUAACCUUGGGGCCCUGGUCCGAGGCUUGAAGCGGGAGGAUCUGAGGCGUGGCCUUGUCAUGGUCAAGCCUGGUUCCAUCCAGCCCCAUCAGAAGGUGGAGGCACAGGUUUACAUUCUUAGCAAGGAGGAGGGUGGUCGCCACAAGCCCUUUGUAUCCCACUUCAUGCCUGUCAUGUUCUCCCUGACCUGGGACAUGGCCUGUCGUAUUAUCUUGCCUCCUGGGAAGGAGCUUGCCAUGCCUGGGGAAGAUCUCAAGCUUACCCUGAUCUUGCGGCAGCCGAUGAUCUUAGAGAAAGGCCAGCGUUUCACCCUGAGAGAUGGCAACCGGACCAUCGGCACUGGCCUCGUCACUGACACACCAAGCAUGACUGAGGAGGACAAGAACAUCAAAUGGAGUUGAGUCUGUGGACCUCUGUCCAGGUUCUCUGGCAUUUAGGGCUGCUUUAGUCAGUGUUCCCUUUCCUGGUACCCCUGAUGGUACAAGCUGCAACCCAGCAGAGUGCAGCAAGAAGGACACUACUUCCCCUGGUCAGUAGGGGUGGUCUACCAGGUGAGGUAGGCCAAUAAACUGUUCUGUGAAUAGUA